UUCAACAACGAUUAUUGCAACAUUAAAAUGGUAUUGAAUAAUCAUUAAAGUUGCUGAUACAUUGAAUAAAUUGAUUUUAUAAUUUGUUAAUAAUUACUAUAUUAUUUCAAAUAAUAUUAAUUAUUUAGCAAGAUCUUCUUAGAGAUUAUAUUUUUCAAUUUUAAAACUUUGAAUGUAACGAAAAAUAAGUUUUAUUCGUUAUAUUGUAUACAUAUAUCACCGAUUAUAAAAUUCAACUAUUUUCUGCAAAAAGAAAGCUAAAAAACGGCGACUGAAGAGGAAAGGAUUCAUCAGCAAGGUCAUUUGACCUAUUUAGACCCACUGUUGAUGAAUAACAAAAGACAAAAUAUGUUGAGCCAAAAGUUAAGUAAUAGAAGAUUAUUAGUUGACCUACUUGCACUAAUGUUUGGUCUUGGUGCAUGGAUUGGUGUGAAUGGUAUUUAUGUUCAAUUACCACUUCUUGUGAACGAAGCUCCAGAAGGAUGGAGUCUUCCAGCACAUAUGGUUAUGUUAGUACAAUUUGCCAAUUUAGGACCAAUACUUUAUACAUUAUACAUAAAAUAUAAUAAAUGGGCAUGUGACAAAUACAUUACAUAUGUCCUUUUAGCAGCAGGAGCAAUAUCUACAUUUAUAUUAGCUUUUUUAUAUGAUAAAACUACUGUAAUAUUUGGCAAUAAGCAUUCCACUGCACUAUUAUCAUUAAUGUUUGUAACUGCUAUUGUUGGAUGUACGAGUUCAGUACUAUUUAUGCCAUACAUGAGGAACUAUAGAGAGAUUUAUUUAGUGUCCUAUCUUGUAGGAGAAGGACUCAGCGGAUUUGUGCCAAGCUUAGUGGCAUUAAUCCAAGGUGUUGGUGGAAAUCCUGAAUGUUUAAAUAAUACUAAAUCUGGAUCUAAUGUAGAAUUAAUACCUUAUUAUCCAGAACCUAGAUUUUCAAGUCAGACUUUUUUUAUUUUUAUUGGUACUUUAUUGUUUUUAUGUUUCUUGGCAUUUUUGGGAUUGAACAAUUUAUCUAUUGCUGUUGGAGAGCGUGUGAAACAUUCAGCAAAUAUGGAAACAUUACCAACAGAUACACGAGCUCCUCCCAGUUAUAAAACAAAUUCCGGUUGGGCAAUGUCUAAGCAAGUGUAUUCAUAUUUAUUAAUUAUGAUGGGAAUGGUUUGUUUCUUAGGUAAUGGUACAUUACCAAGUAUUCAAUCAUAUUCUUGUUUACCAUAUGGAAAUGUUGCAUAUCAUUUAACUGUUACAUUAUCAUCAAUGGCUGGUCCAUUGGCAAUGUGUCUAGGUUUUGUCAUAAAAAUGCCAGAAGUCAAUUUCCUUUCUGGUCUCAUGGUUAUAGUUGUAGCACUUUCUAGUUUUGUUUGUUAUCUAGCUGUUGAAUCACCUACACCACCUUUGCAAAAUACCUGGUUAGGUGAAUUUUUGGUAGUUUUAUCUUGGAUAUUAAUUAGUGGUUUGAUAGGAUUUAUAAAAUUGGGUAUUACAACAUUAUUUAGGCCUGAUCCUGGCAGAGGUUUAUAUUAUACUGGUGUUGCAACUCAAAUUGGAUCAUUGAUAGGAGCAAUAAUUACAUUUGUUUUAGUUAAUCAUGCAAAACUAUUUCAUUCUUAUUCACCAUGUUUAUUAGUUGCAGCAAAUUGACGUUUAAUAUGACAUUUAUAUUUAAUAAUUUUAUUAGUAAAAAUUGUAUAAAAUGAACUAAAAAGAUGAAAUAUAUCUCUUAGCUUCUAUUAUUUAUCAUUAUUAAAUAUGAAAGAGCAGGGUCUAACUAUUUUUAAAUAUUAUAAAUCUAGAACAUCGAAUUAACAGUAUAUAGUUACAUACAUAAGUCAACAUAAAAAUAGAAUCAUCUAUAUUUUAUAAUAUCAAUAUUAAAAUCAAUC